UAGAUACAAAAGGUAGUCACCGGAAAAGUAAUGUAUACACGUUCAUACCUCGCGAUUUCAUGUUCUACUUAGUUCAUAAAGAAAAUUUAGAGAUCAAAUUAUGAUAAUUUUGAUAUAUAAUGAGAAUCUCCAAUAUUCAUAUCCAACACAUAACAUUUGAUAACAGGAUAUAUUCGAUACACAUAUUUAGUCCAAGGGGCGUCCACAAAAUUAAUUAAUUAAUUAAAUUAGUCAGUUAAUUUAGUUGAGAAGAAAUUAUCGGGAAAAUUAGGAGAAUUCCGACGAACCCAAGUGAUGUCAGUACAAUUGAAUUUCAAUACAAAAAGCUUAAAGUAAAGGAUGAGAGAGAGCAGAGUUGAUUAAUUAUCUUUAGACAAUAAAGCUGACACAGCCACCACUCCGCCACCAAGGCAGCGGAGCCGCCGGCCGGCCGCAAUCUCUCUGCAGGGUGGGUGGUCCUCUCUUCUUCCCCAACUGACAUUCUGAUCUGAGGUUAGUUAAUUUCAUGAAUCCAUCCAAUUAUCAUCGCUCUUUCAAUUGUUAACAAAAUUAUCCAAUUUCAUUUUAUGAAUAUUGAAUUAUCAGUCUGUUUGAAAGAAAGAGGGAGACGUCCGUACAAAGGCGCCGUCUUUUAUAUUCUCUCCUUUUUCGUAAGUGUUAAGCUGAAGAGUAAAAAAAAAGAAGUGUCAAAUAUGGAGGAGCAGCGCCAAAAACAGCCGGAUCAGCCCCGCCUGAAGCCGCCGGAGAUGCUGCCUCCCCCGCCGCAGAAGUGCCCGCGCUGCGACUCCACCAACACCAAAUUCUGCUACUACAACAAUUACAGCCUCUCCCAGCCGCGCUACUUCUGCAAGUCCUGCCGGCGGUACUGGACCCACGGCGGAACCCUAAGAAACGUCCCCGUCGGCGGCGGCUGCCGCAAGACCAAGCGCCCCCGCCCCUCCUCCUCCUCCCCAGCCGAGAUUCAGCCGGUCUUGGCCGCGAUCCCACCUCAAACCCUGGCGGCCUUGAGCGCGGCUCACAUGCCGAGCAUGAGGCCUUUCUCUCCGGCCGGGCCCACCUACUACAGAGGCCCCACCUUCCUCUCCACCCUCGCCGCCAUGCAAUCCGUUUCCCCCGGAUUCAACCACGGCGCCGCGCGCGGCCAAUACAAUGCUGUCACUCUCAGACCCCCGGCGCCGCCGCUUCCGCCGCAGCCGCAGCAGCACCAAUUCCCCCUUCAGAAUAAUCAGUACAACUUCCAACCGCAAGACAGCCUGACCAAUCCAGCGCGCCCUCCUUGGCCUCAAACCUUCAUCAAUACCGCCGCGCCACCCACCACAACCACCCCCUCCCCCGGCACAAGCUUGAGUUUCUGGACGGGCGAUGGCGACAGCGAUGACCUGGCCGGGCCUUCCUUCGCCGCGGGGUUUGAUCCAUCCUCUCCGUGAAUUUUGGAUUCUAUUGCAUGCGGCGUGUCUUUCUAUUUCGUUAUAUUUUCAAAUUGAGUUUUUGGGUUUUAUUUUUCUUGAAAAAAAAAAAUAGAUGGGUGUUUUAGGUUGCAAACAUUUACUAGUAGCAAGAAAUGUGAACCGGAUUGGAUGUUUCUUGAUGCAGAUGAGUAUACAAAAUGUUGUAAUUCACCAUCUUAUAGAGAUUCAGAAUAAGUUGGGUUAGGUUUGCUUGUUCAACUUUUUGAUCAAAAGUUUAUUGAGUUUAAUGGUAAUGCCUUUUGCUUUUCCGUUGCUUUAA